AUGAAGCACAAUUGUGUGAAAAUGUGGGAAGCGAAGAAAAUGGAGGGAGAGGGUGUUCUUCUUCCUCCCAAUCCCAUCCCUCUUGAUAGUUUCAUUAAUUACAGAAUUCUUGUGUUAGGAAUCCUGAUAUCGGCUUUGUUGGAAUAUUUUUGCAGCUUGCUAAGUUGUGCUUCGAGCCCCGUGAAAACAAUCAAACCAAGGAGAUCACGGCGUCAUCGAAGCAAAAAGACACGUAAGCACGACAAAACAAAGAAGAAGGGAGACGCUGAUUCCAUUCCCGUUCCUACUGGUGGUGAUGGUGAUACUGAUAAUGUUGAUAGGAUGUCAGUUUCUCAGGACUCAGUGUCUUCCUUUCGUACUUCUAUACCUAGUCACACCGAAUCACACACCAAUGCUAAUGUAGACGACCCAUUUUUUGAUACGAUUAGCAGCAUUGAUGGUGAUGGUGAUGGUGCAGUAUCGGAGGAUGAUUUUGCUAGCGUGCAUGGAGACGAUGAUGGUGAUGAUGAUGAACCAAACGGGGAAGGGGAAGGGGAUGAAGAUUAUUUCCAAGUAGACGAUGAGAUUAUGACAAAGAAGACAUUGAAGCAAGAUAAGUGUUCGACAGAUUUAGAAGAUGCAUACUCAUCAUACUACUCAGUAGGGAAUCAUGGUGAUUCAAGCCCUACAAACAAAUUCGGACGUAGUUAUAGCAGCUAUAAUGGUUGUGAUAAAGAUGAUAAAACCCAAUCCCAUAUCUUGAUGAUGUCUGGUGGUGGACCCCACUUGUUCCCUUCUGCUAGUUUCCACGAUCAAAUCUCCACCACUCAUCAUUCCGUCUCACAAAAUCAUACCACAAAACCCACCGUUAUUAAGCUUGCUGUAAAACGAGCCACCGAUGGAGACGACCAAACCCACCGUGCUACAGAGAAGUUCUUUUAUCGUCCCCGAGCCGGAUUCUUGAUUCCGUGUUGUACGGAUGAAAAACCACUUGCGGGAUGUUGGUCGGCUAUCGACCCCUCAAAUUUUACUCUCAGAGGCGAAAAUUAUUUCAAAGAUAAAUCGAAAAAACCCGCUCCAAGUUAUAGCCCUUACAUUCCAUUUGGUGUCGAUCUUUUUAUAUCCCCUAAAAAAAUCAACCACAUUGCCAAACACCUCGAGCUUCCUUCCUUACAAGGCGAUGGCAAUUUGCCCCCCCUUCUAAUUGUCAAUAUUCAGUUGCCUAGUUAUCCUGCUCAGAUGUUCCAUAGUGACAGUGAUGGUGAGGGGUUGAAUCUUGUUUUGUAUUUCAAACUUUCUGAAACCUACGAGAAAGAUAUUCCCCCUCAGCUUCAGGACAACAUUAAGAGUUUAGUGGAUGAUGAAAUGGAAAAGAUUCGGGGUUUCACAAAAGAAACAACAGUAGCUUUCAGAGAUCGGUUGAAGAUCAUGGUGGGUGUGGUGAACCCGGAUGACCUUGUCUCAAGUAGCACAGAGAGGAAACUUUUGCAUUCUUACAAUGAAAAACCCGUUCUCUCACGCCCUCAACACAACUUCUUUAAGGGAUCAAAUUACUUUGAAAUUGACCUUGAUAUUCAUCGCUUUAGUUACAUAGCAAGAAAAGGAUUAGAUGCAUUUCGUGAACGCCUAAAACACGGGAUUAUGAAUCUCGGCUUAACAAUUCAGGCUCAAAAACCAGAAGAAUUACCCGAGAAAAUCCUUUGCUGUUUGAGAUUAAACAAGAUUGACUUUGUCAAUCAUGGUCAAAUACCCACAUUAGUCGCAGAUGAUCACAAUUCCUCUUGAAAUCAUUCUUCCUUCUUUUCUUUGUAAAAUGUUCCUCCUGCCCACUGUAAGUACAGCUGCAAUCCCAGUAUAAAAAAAACGGUGAAAUUUUUGCUUAAACAGAGUAAGAAAAGUUUAAAAAAAGGUAAAAAAAAGUAAAAACUUUUCUUUGUUUCUUCAUGUCAAUUUUGAGUGGUUAACGAUACACGGGUCAUUGUUAUGUAAGAUGUUGUACAUAUUGAUGUAUUCGUUUUGUAAAUACAGGAUCAUUUUCAUUUUAUAAACUAUUGCUUUAGUUUCAUUUCAAACUGUUUUUAUUUUUGUAUUAUUGUAUUUAC